GAAUUUGGUGUCAAUGACAACAAUGGCGCUCAUUACUCUAACCGGGUUCCUGGAACGGGCCCAGAAAGCCCCGAUUUCUGAAGCCCUAUUGAAGGAGAUUCGUACUACCUUGAUUCGGAAGACCAAGGCUAAUACUCCAAGCGGGGCCGAAAACGAGAGGUAUUGUCUUUUAUCUGCUGUCUGCUCCUGCCCAAUAGCUGAGUUUACCUAGUGAGGAUUUAGGCUCGCUCUUUAAUCUCAUCCUCCAGACUGCGGAAAUUCCUAGCCUGCGCCAGCAACACCGUGCACUUGCAUCCGAUACCAUCUCCACAUGGCUGAUUCGAUCGGCCAGCUCAACUCCCCUGCGAGAAGCGGUGGAGGAGAGCGUCGAGGUCUGGAAUUCACUUGCCAAUGUUGUGUUUACUUACUUUGAUGAGGCUGCCAGUGCAUUAUCCAAAGCUCUCAAAGACCUUCUUGGGAAUAUUCUCUCAUCUCAUUCGGAUCCAGAAUUUAAGCGGUGUCUAGCGGAGAGUGCACUCGCAUCACGGGGUAAGAAGGUUGGGUAUUAUGUAUUCGAAGUGCUCAUCAGAAGAGGAGUAGGGGUAGAAUGGGUUUUCACUAAACAUGGCUCAAUUGUGGGAGAAAUGUUGAUGGCAUUGAGAGAUCGGACGCUCUCCCCAGUCAUCGGGAAAGCCGUGGUUGGGCUACUGGCCGCAAGAAAGACUGAACUGAACGACUUACACGACUGGAUAGAGUGCUGGGAAGACCCGCUGAGCACCGCCUUAAGAUCUGAGGAAGUACGGGGGAAUGUGCAAGUCUACGCCCUACCAGGGCUCUUCCGGCUAUCACCGGAGUGCUUUGUGAAAUUUGUCCGGGGGGUAUGGCUCGGAAUACGUAACCGAGGAAAUUCGAAUAGUGGGGAUGAGGUGGAUUUGAUGAGUCUUCUUUGCUGUCUCAAAGUUGGGCGGGAUCUGGGAUUUGUGGAUGAAAUAAGUACGACAAAUCUAAUGCCACCUUACCUGCAAUUACCCGACUGAUUGUGACUUUGCAGGUGAUGCAGACAAUGCGGAUAGUAGUGACUAUUUAAACUCCAUUCCUAUACAGCUUCCUUCCUCAUUUGUUUCGCCACUCCUCUCACACGCACAUGAGCAUAUCCGUCUCGCUGCGCUCACUUUAACAACAUACUCUCCAACUCUCACAAAGCCCCUUCCGGCUUCCGCCUUCCGUGUAUUGAAGUCAGCGCUCCCGCCGCUACACGCAGAAACCGACGCAGAGGUAAGAGAUCUGGUAAUCGGGAGUAUAAGGCAAUUUGUAGAGCGUCUGGGUAGUAGCUCCUAUGCCCUCGACAAAGACCUACAAGGGCUUCAUAAAAGCGCCCUUCGCCUGCCCAAGGACCACACUACCCUCUCGAGAAUUCCAGGACUGAAAGAAGGCAUUUCAGAAGCAGCUUCUUUUAUGAACUGGUAUUUGAACUUUCUGAAGACUCAAUUAGCCCCUGGGGCGAAUUAUCAGCGCGUUGUGACAGCGCUGAGAGUUCUAAUAAUUGUUAUCCGUUCGGGAGUUGAUCCAUCAUUGGUGGGUCCCGAUGACAAACCUGGUAAGAGGAAAGGGCUGCUACACUGGCCUCCAAGUGUUCGGGUGGAUUUGUUUGACAACGGGAUGAAGAGGGUAUUGAUCGAUUGUUUAUUCAACCCUUUUGACGACGUAAGAACCAUAGCUACAGAAGUAUUGAAGUUCGCUCCUGACUGUGGCGGGUCACUUCGGAUAAUUCUGGAGAGGGGGCUCAGAGGGAUGAAUACCUCAGGAAGAGCUAGAGAUGCGGAUGGCGUUGCUAGAUGUAUCGACCUAUGGUUUCAUUUUGCGGUGAAACAAUCCCCGGAAGCGAAGUUUGGGGAACUUUGGGGCUUGGACGUUGCCACUCAAACUGACCAACUCCGAGUGGUUGACUGGGUACUACAUCUGUUGGGCCUGGAUUACCUCAAAGUUGCCCGAGAGGACUUCCGGAGGGCUGUUCGAGAGAGGCCUAUUUAUGGCCUUUUGUCUGGACUCAGACUCAUAUUCGAGGGGCGAGAGAUUUACGAGGGUGCUUUCAAAGGCCCUGCAGGGGAGCUAAUCAUUUCUCAGAUCCUUGAAGAUUGCAUGGAUAUCUGGCGGAUGUCUAAGGACAUUUUGUGCUUUGUUAGCCCCGAGGGAUAUGUGCCCCAGGAGAUUAUAGACGAGGAAGCGGAAGAGGAUGAUGAUGAAAUGGACACACAAACUGUCAUGAGUUAUUGUUGGAGAGCGGUCAAAGAAUCUAGGUAAGCAGUCAUUUUCUAAUUCAUGUGAAGUCACUCGUCUUUCAAAUUGUUAAUAUCAUCUACAGUGCACUCUUAGGCGCAAUUACUAGAACUGCGGAUUUUGACUCGGGCCCUCAGUCACUGCUAUCCAAACAGAAUUUCUCUGACAUCGGAAAUACCCUAUUAGAACAACUAUUAGACAUCCGUCAUCGCGGCGCUUUCUCCUCGGUGUCUCCUAGUUUUAUAGAGCUCUGCUCCCGGUGCUUAGCCACCGAUGCCCUUUCCGAUUUACCUGAGCAAUGGCUAUCUAAAAGCAUUCUUCAAAUAAUCGAUAAAUCUAACUCGAUCACCCGGCGUUCCGCCGGCCUCCCCUCCCUAAUAGUUGGAAUCGUAAUUGCGGACCCACGCCCAGACCGUCCACUGCUCAGGUCAACCUUUGAAAAAUUGGAGGAAUUCGCGCGGUUGCCCGCCGUCCUCUCGACAGAGGGAUCGAAGGUUAACCUUCCACAAGUCCACGCACUUAACUGCUUGAAAGUCAUGUUUGUGGAUUCCCGUUUAUCAUCUGCCUCGCAGGAAUUCUUGGGGAGAGGACUAGAAUUAUCUGUAGGCUGUUUCGCAAGCGAAGUGUGGGCUAUCCGAAAUUGUGGUAUCAUGUUAUUCACCGCGCUAGUGAAUAGGCUUUUCGGCAAGAGAAUGACGGGAACCCUAGAAAUUAGAGACUUUCACCAGCGCUAUCCCGAAGUGGCGGCGGUUCUUUUGCGAAGCUUAAACGGAGAAUCAGGCGUUGAAAGCGUCGAACAGCUUUAUCCAGCACUAUCACUCAUUGCUAGGCUAGGGCCAAGCGAUGGGUUUGAUGUAGGUGGUAUUGAACCAGCGGUGAUGAGAUGUUUGAGUAGCCGAUUUUGGAAAAUUAGAGAGAUGGCUGCGAGAAGCUAUUCGACCCUUGUUAGUGCUGGGCAUGUGAUAGAGGUUAUUGAUCAACUGCUUCAAGAUGCAGAGAAAAGCCGGAAACAGAACUUUGUCCACGGCCGGCUUUGUGCCAUUAAAGCAUUGCUAGAUAGAAGAGGGGCUAACACUCAUGAAGGGAUUUUGGGGAUCCUUGCAAGGCACUGGGAAAUUCUGGCACAGUCAAAUGACUGUGCGGCAACCAAAGCCUCAUUUUUGUCCCUCCUUAACAAUAAUAACAUUCGACGAUUGGUAAAGACACGCCCGAAUGGUGGUGCGUGAACGACUCCGUCCCUUACAAAGCUAGACUAACGCAAAAGCAACAGAAGCCCAAAAUCUUCUCAGCAAUCUACUGAAUUAUUGCAAGACCUCGCAGGAGGUUCUACAGGAAGUUGGGCGAGCAUCCAUGGUUGGCCGCUCAAUGUUAAAAGAGGAGUUAGCCAAACAUAUACACAACUUAGCAUCUCACUCGGGCGAUCUUAUACCCGUCCUUAUCGACACCAUAUCCGGCGAGGAUGAAGAGCUCGCUUUAUAUACUACCUCUCACCUUUUCUCUUCCCCUCUAAAUUUCGAUCAGGAUACUCUUACCUCACUUGAUGCCAGCCUAUGGACAGUAAUUAAAAUACAUCCAUGGGAUCAACUACGCACCACAGCCGUAAACCUCAUAUCAGGAUACCCCCCGCCGCAGGGAACCCCCGAAGCGCUUAUCCAAGAGCGCUGCAGGACCCUCUUGACCCUCUGUACUAGCGCAUCUACUGAGCCAUGUCGUAUCGCAGCCCUCCCGGCAGCAGCAACGUUAACCGCCCACCUAUCUCACCCAACCGCAUCACUCCUCAGAGAUAUCGCCAAACAAGCAGAGCUAUCAGGCCACGAGGAUAACCCCUUCCCAACCCGCAAGGCCGCUGUCUCUGCUGUGAAGGCCUUAUCUCCACUUCUAAGAUUUGAAACCUUCAACAAUGCCUACUUCUGCCUCUACAACUUCCUCCAUGACGACGACGAGGACAUCCGUGAGGAAGCUGCAAUGAUCGUCAAGUCCGUCACAAAAGGAGAACACGCCCUUCUUCCCCUCGCAGCCGCAGACAUCCUCCUUAAACGAAUGGUGGAAUCAUUCGGCGAAGAUGAAGAAUUUGUUAGAGAGGUCGUUUCGAGAGUUGUUGUCAAUGGUGGCGUCAAAGACCAACUGAAGGAGGCCUGCACGGGCAAUAGAAUACUCUUUGCCAGAGAGAAGCAGAAUCUAUUUUUGGAUAUUCACGGUGAGGUAGUGCGCUGGGCAGCGGUGCUGGGGGGGCUGCCGGUAAAUAGUCAAUUUAUCGAGGAUACCUUGAACGCGCUUGCUGCAGUUCGGGAGUUUGCCAAGGAGAUGGGGGAGGAGGGGCCUGCCGGGUGGUUGCGUGAGGAAGAGGCCUGGGUGGUGUUUGGGCAGGUUGUAGAGGGACUUGGCGUUAUUAAGAGGUGGAAGGGUGAUUGUGGGAUCGAGGCCAGGGAGUUUCUAGUGGAGAUGAAGGACCUCCAGGCUCAUGAGCUCUUUGUGGAGAGAUUGGCGGAGGUGUUGGCCGUAUGA